AUGGUACCGGUGAAGAAUACCAAAUUAUACGAGGUUUUAGGCGUAUCUACGGACGCAUCGCGUCAAGAGAUUAAGAAAGCUUAUCGGUUACAAGCACUUAAGUGCCAUCCGGACAAAAACGGGCACUCAGAAGAGUCCAAACGCAAGUUCCAGCAAGUAUGUGAGGCGUACGAGAUUCUCAGUGAUGAGAACAAGCGAGAAAUGUACGAUAAAUUCGGUACGGCUGACGAGUCAGAAUUACAAGAGCAAAUGUCGCCUCAAAUGUACACUACGUCUGGUAUGUCAGCCGGAGACCUUUUUGCACAGUUUUUUGGUGGUGGUAGCACGACUAGUGGGUUCUUCGAGCGUAAACGGCAUACCCCAGAGAUGGCGCGCGGCCCUGACAUUAAACACAACUUGAAGUGCACUCUGCAAGAGUUGUACUACGGCAAACACGCGAAGCUUGCCCUUAACCGCACACGCUUGUGUCGUAAGUGUGACGGGAGCGGCGGUAAGCGCUCCCGCACAUGUACAGCGUGUGGUGGGCGUGGGAUGCGCACUGAAACCACCAGACGCGGGCCGAUGGUGCAGACCUGGUCUUCGACGUGCCAGGACUGCAACGGAUCAGGUACUUACGUGCGGCGCAAAGAUCUUUGCGCGGAAUGUGCAGGGCAAGGCUGUCGCACAGAACGUAAAAUCUUCGACGUCGAGGUCCAGCCGGGUAUGCGGCCAGGUCAAGAGAUUGUGCUUCCUAGUGAAGCAGACGAAGUCGUGAACGCCGAGUUUGGACCCGAACGCGUGAUUCCAGGUGAUGUGACCAUUAUACUACAGCAACUGCCGCACGAGAAGCUCCGGGUAUUGGGUGACGCAGAUUUGCUCCUCAGUAAUUGCAGCGUCGAUUUGCGCACGAGUCUGUGCGGCGGGUCCGUGUGGAUCGAUUCGCACCCCAGUGGGCGCGUACUCAAGGUCGACGUGGCGCCAGGUCGUGUUCUCGCACCGGGCACUGUCAAAUGCGUCGAAAACAUGGGCAUGCCCAAGCCCGGAGGCGGUUUCGGGAACCUAUACGUGCGCUUCAACGUAGAGUUCCCUGAAAAACUGGACGAGGCCACGGCCACGGCCAUUUCGGCCGCAUUGGACUCCGAUUCCAACGUCCAGCCUACGAGUUCCCAGGCCUUGCCCGAGGGCGUGCCCAUCGAGGAUCAUGUGAUGAGCGACCUCCAGCCCGAUCUUUCCCAGGGUGGAAGCCCUCACAAGCGGCGUCGGGGGGCAGCCGACUCUUCAGACGACGCAUUCGACGGUGACGAUGCCAGCGAUCGUGCCGAGAGUUGCACUGUCCAUUGA